GUAGUAAGUGUUGUGCAACAUGGGACAAAUCGCGGAAUUUAGUCUCUGCGUGAAACCAUAAUUUUGCAAAACCAGUUCUAACUGUCGCAUCUGUCGCCGAAUCACAGCCAUUUCUGGCAAAGAUCACCGGUUUGCAGAUUAUUGUUCCAAUUUACUUUGAAAAAUGAGCAUUCCUUGUCCUCCACCACCUGGUGAGGAGACGGGUGAUCAAAGCGGAUCGCAAGGAAAGAAGAUCCGCAUAGGAAUAUGUGCAAUGAAUAGGAAAGCUACGAGCAAGCCUAUGAGAGCGAUUAUGUCGAAAAUUGUUGAUUACUAUAAGGACUGGCUGGAAUACUUUGUUUUCCCUGAAUCUGUUAUCCUUCAUGAACCGGUUGAUCGAUGGCCCCUAUGUGAUUGCUUGAUCUCAUUCCAUUCUACGGAUUUUCCCUUGCAUAAAGCUAUUGACUAUGUAAAGCUGCGUAAACCUUAUGUAAUAAAUGAUCUGAAGCGGCAGUAUGAUUUGCUGGACCGGCGGAAGGUGUUUCGUACCCUUGCCAAAGAGGGCAUUGAACAUCCUAGACAUGGUGUAUUGAUGAGAAGUGACUCAAAUGAGGAAGAUGGCGUUUUAGUAGAACACAAUGACCAUAUAGAAGUAAAUGGUAUGGUUUUCAAUAAGCCCUUCGUCGAGAAACCGGUGUCAGCUGAAGAUCACAAUAUCUAUAUCUAUUAUCCGAGCUCGGUUGGUGGAGGGUCACAAAGGCUAUUUAGGAAGAUUAACAAUCGAAGCAGUUGGUAUUCGCCAGUUAGUGAAGUUCGUAAAGAUGGUUCUUACAUCUAUGAGGAUUUUAUCCCAGCAGACGGCACAGAUGUGAAGGUUUAUGCCGUUGGACCAUAUUAUGCUCAUGCGGAAGCGCGAAAAGCACCUGGCCUUGAUGGAAAGGUUGAACGAGAUGCAGAUGGUAAAGAAGUCCGAUAUCCGGUUAUCUUAAGCCACAAGGAAAAAAUGAUUGCUAGACGGGUAGUGCUGGCUUUUGGGCAAACUGUAUGCGGUUUCGAUUUACUUCGUGCCAAUGGGAAAUCCUAUGUAUGCGAUGUCAACGGGUUCUCCUUCGUUAAAACAUCCACCAAAUAUUAUGAGGACACCGCAAAAAUUCUCGGAAAUACCAUAAUGCGGAGGUUAGCAACAACCAUGAGUGUUAGGAUACCUUACCAACUGCCGCUCGGCGGCGAACAGGAAGCACCGCCGCUUUUGGAUCUCGGUUUGGGAGAAGACCCUCCAUUUGUAUCAACUCCAUCUGGGAAACUCAUGGAGCUUCGAUGUGUACUAGCUGUAAUUAGACAUGGUGAUCGUACUCCCAAACAGAAAAUGAAGGUGGUGGUACAUGAUGAACGGUUCUUCGCACUGUUCAAAAAAUAUGACGGCUUCAAGAAGAAUGAAAUCAAGAUGAAACGACCGAAUCAGCUGAUGGAAGUGCUCGAGUUGGCCCGACAGAUUUUGGCAGAGCAUAUUACCCUCCGAAAUGAGCUGCUAACAUCAAUGGAGGAUUUUGAAGACUCUGGUGGUGAAAGUUCACGACUAGAGCAUGAACUCGAACAAGUUGAAGAAGGCAUCAAACGCUGGGAUCAGAUGCGAGCUGUGCUGGAAAUGUAUGGCCACUUCUCCGGUAUAAACCGCAAAGUUCAACUGAAAUAUUUGAAGGCUCGUGAAUUCCGUACCGGUGAUAGUGAAGAGACAACACAACAAGGACCAGCAUUGCUACUCAUACUGAAAUGGGGCGGAGAAUUGACAACAGCUGGUAAUCUACAAGCGGAGGCAUUGGGUAAACUGUUUCGUACGCUUUAUCCCGGUAUACGAAGAGCUGAUGGAAAGAGUUCACCAGAAGACACGCAGGGUCUCGGUUUCUUGCGUCUUCAUUCUACAUAUCGUCAUGAUCUCAAAAUAUAUGCUUCAGAUGAGGGACGGGUGCAGAUGACAGCAGCUGCUUUUGCAAAGGGUAUGCUAGCGUUGGAAGGUGAACUGACUCCGAUUUUGAUGCAAAUGGUGAAAUCUGCUAAUACGGAUGGUCUUCUGGACGAUGAUUGUCAUGCACGGGAUUUCCAAACCGAACUCAAAGGAUAUCUCCAUCAAGCGUUGCAGGUGGAUCGUGAAUGGACUCCAGAAGACUACAAAGCAUUGAACCCCGAUGGUCUGAAGUCAAUCAACAAUGCUAUGGAAUUCAUCAAAAAUCCCAAAAAGAUGUGCCAUGAGAUUGCUGGCUAUGUGCAGCGAAUGUGCGAUAUCAUCAACAACAACAGAUAUAGCAGGCCAAACCGUACCUUGUACCUAAAUGAAACUUGGGAUCUUGCCGAACGAAGAUGGAGCAAAGAGUUACGCGAGUUCCGACGUGAAAACAAAGGAGGUGAUGUAGAGUAUGACAUAUCGAAGAUUCCUGACAUUUAUGAUAACAUAAAGUAUGAUAUGGAGCAUAAUCCUGAUCUCUGCAUCAACAACGAAGGCGAAUUUGAACGAAUGUACCUUUGUGUGAAGAACAUGGCUGAUAUAGUUGUGCCGCAGGAGUAUGGAAUCCGUAAGGAGAACAAGAUUUGUGUUGCGCAGCGGGUUUGCACGCCACUACUUAAGAAAAUCAGAAACGAUCUGCAUCGAUGUAUUGAAAGCUCAGAAGAGGACGAAAGUCAAACAAGACUUGAUCCGAGAGCUUCGCAAGGAAUUGCAACACCGCUUCGUCAUGUACGGACCAGGCUUUAUUUCACCAGCGAAAGUCACAUCCAUACGUUGAUGAACCUUAUCCGCUAUGGUGGACUUUGUUCUGUUGAUGACAAGAAAUGGCAACGGGCUAUGAACUUUUUGUCGGGCGUGACUGAAUUCAAUUAUAUGACGCAGGUUGUCUUGAUGGUUUACGAAGACAGUCGAGCUGACAACACUGCAACUGGUAUGGAACGAUUCCACAUCGAGCUGUUGUUCUCUCCCGGGCUAUAUCCUUGCUUUUUGACGGAGAAAGAGCGAAUAUAUGAGAGUCGAUUGAAUAAAUCAAACGGAAUGACGAAGAGUCAUUCGCGUGAAGGGAACUUCAAUGGCUCCGUAUCACCAAACUCGGGAGAGGACAGAAACACUGAUUCGCCACCAAUCUUCAUGACAGUGCCUACUAAUAUUGCUGAUGAUCUUGUCUCUGUGGCCAGUACAAAUGAGGACCAGAUGGCCGCCGAAGCAUCUGGGCUGGUGAGCUCAUCUUCAAAAUCCCAGCAGCAUGAUUCUGAAGACGAUCUAAAUGACCACUCAGUCAAUCUUGUGGCUUUGGAUGAAGUCAGCUCCAAACAACUCAGUGAUGAAAAAGGACCUAAAAGGCAAAGACAUGCUACAGGAGGCGAAAAGGCCAGUGAAGAAGGAGAUCGACCUCGUGAGGAUAUAGAAGAUUGGCGGAUACCUCCAGUAGGAAAUGGUGUGCUGAAGAGUCCCAGUGAGGUUUCGAUUGGCGAUGAUGAUUGCCAAGUCACGGUGGGUCUUGGAAGAGGAAAGUGGGCUAAGGAAAUACUCGAUGAGACUAGAAAAGCUAUGAAUAGCAUCAAUGAAGCCGAGGAAAAGCAGCUAGAACGUAGGGAAAGCGGAUCAAUGCCAUACAAGGAUAUUCUGGUCGAGGAUAAAUCUCGUCGUUCAAGAUUCCCGUAUAGAUUCAAACAUCAUACAGUGAAUCUACUAACAGGCGCAUCAGCGGAAAUCCAGAAUCGUCUGAUCAGCACGAAUGUGCUUAUGGGAAAAUGCGGAGGUGAACAUGCAGACAAGAAUCGUCGGCAGACAUUUUCAGACCUCCCCGGACCAGCUGUCAUGUCCACGGCCGUCAUUGCCAGAUCUUCUAGCGCGCCACGCCUACAAACUUUCAAAGCGGAAGAUGAUAUCUCGGUUGGAGAGAUCAAACGAUUCUGGCCGCCUUUACGAUCGCUUGAGACUCUCCAUGACUGCGUUCCAUUUGAGGAGUUUGAUCGUUUCUUAGCACACUUGCUUACCGCUCGAACACCGCUUCCAUCACCUCCGAAAACUCCACUACCUGUGACUGAAGGUUGCCAUCUACCCGAGGCCAACUUGAAGGCGCUUCGUGAAGAAGUGGAACGUCUCAAGGCGCUUGGAAUCAAUGACAGAAAGUUGAUUUAGGAACACAAAAGUUGCAGUUAGUAUCUUGACUAGGUUGCAUUGUAGCGAAGCUUCAUAGUCGAGGUAAGGCGUUCUGGCUCUCUGUUAUGUGCUUGUUUUGCAUGUAUUACAAUUCUUUUUCUUAAUUUAUCGUAACUCUUUUUUGAGACUUGUCUAUUUAUUAUUGUGAUUUUUCGAGCCGGUAAUGCCAGAUUUGAAGGGCUGACGACCUCAUUGUAGCAUAAUAUACGUACCGUUGUCUUUUAUCAUUGAGCUUGUGAUUUACACUUGUACCCUUUGGAAGUCUGGAUAUAAUGCUACCUUCUUUAUCGAUAUCAAGAUUGGUUAUCGGAGGGGGACAGAGUGGCUGUACGAAUGAGUUAAGAUAUAAAUUAGUGCAUAAAAUUCAAGUG